AUGGCUAUGAGGAAGAAACUGAUUAUCAUCAAAGUACUCAUGAGCGAACUGACUAUGGCUAUGAGGAAGAUAAUGAUUCAAAAUGCUACAAGCCGAACUAUGGCUGUAAUAACUUCUUCAAUGGUUGCCCAGGGUCAAUCAAUGAAUCUCACGCAUUACUUGAAACAGCCUGGGAGGAACCCAAUGAAAAUCUGUCCAAGUUGUCAUCUCAACAUUGCGAGGAUUUCUCCCAAGCUUGCGAAAAAAUGUUAA